AUGAAUACCAAACCAACCGAAGAAGUCCCCGCCUACGAAGAGCUCUACGAGCAAACCCCACAAAACAAAAGAACAGGUUACUCGCACAUUCCCACAUACCCAGAUGCAGACCUAGAAAACCAGUCCCCAGGACUCACCCACACCCACGAGGUCGAGUUCGGUCUGCCCGCACUGGGCUCAUCCAGUACCGGACUGCAACUACAACAGUCGCCACGAGAACACUUUCACUGCGAGACAUGCGAUCUGCAGCGUGAGCGGCGUGAGAAGCGAGACUCGGAACAACGUCAUUGCCAGACUGUUUCGCGGACGUUUAUGUUUUUCGGACUUAUGUUGACGCUUAUUUUGAUUAUUACGCUUCCUACUGUUGCUGCUAUUGUUAACAGGAGGCGUAGGUAUUAG